CACAUCGCGGAUCGAGUGUGGGAAGCUAGACGCUAGAAUUAUGUUGUUUCUCAGCGUGUUUUGAGUCUAUGAAUGCCGGAAGAUUAACUUGUUUAAAAACUGGAAUUCUCGAUUCAAAAAGAGGUUGCAUCAGACUUCCAUCAGUAAUAUUUACGACCAACAAUGAGCGUAGACCUUAAUACCACUAGAGAGGACGGCAUUGUAAAGCUGUCUGCUGCAACAAACAACAGCAGCUCAGAGGACUUGGCUUCGUCAACAACAACAACAACGGAAGAAGAUCUACCCAGCUACCAUGACUGGUAUUGGCACGGCACACCACCUAACGACACAGAUCACACCUCCCUUUUUGUCCAAGCAUCCAGUUCCUCACGCUCUUUUGGGGAUCAAAUACAAGGGGGUGCUGUGAUGAUAGAAAUACCACCAAAUAUCCUUGACUCAUUCCCAAGUUCAUCGCAACCCAGCGGCUCUGCCAACCACCCACUGGAUUCAAUGGAACGAUCUGCCUUGAAAAUGAACAGAAAGCAAGGCAGAGAUAAAAAGGGAGAGUCCAAGGUGUGUGGUAAGGGAAGAAAAUCUGACAGCAAUCAGAAGUCAACAGAAACGGACACUGCAACUUCGUCUAACCAUCUGAAUGAUUUGAAUAACCUACAGGCAGAGCUAGAUGAGACCAGGACGGCUUUGGAAUUGACAGAAGAACAACUAACUCUAAAGAUGGAUGAGAAUGAUGAAGCAGCGGAGGAGAUUGAUAAAGCUUGGCAUAUGAUCAGAGAGUUACAGACAGGAUGGGAUAAACCUCUUCAGCUUACCGAGAAGCAUUCCAGACUCUUGCUGAACAUCUUUGAGCAGAUAGGGCGUGAGGGAGGUCCAGAGAGGGCAUGGCUUUGUCAGGAAAGUCUCCAGGAUGCAAUCAUCCAUCUCUACAAAUCUAGAGAAAAUGCUCGCUUUGCAAAGAAGCUAACUGAAAACAAAGCUAAGGAGUUGUCCAAGCAUUCUCAGCUCCUUCAGAGCAAACUCCAAUGUCUCACAACCGGACUGCACAAUAUUGUGGGUAAGAUGCAGCAACGAGAUGGUCUAUUCUUUGACAUGGAGGACGAAGGUCAAGAUGAGACUUCCAUGCCGUUGUCUGAUAUUGCCAGCAGUCUUGACAGGGGAAACAGAGAGGAUGCUUGCUUUAGUUUACUUGAUAAACUAAAAAGCAAGCUACACAGGCAGGACCUUCAGGCAGCCCGCUGGCAAAGUGUGACAGCCCAGCUCCGCCGUGAGUUGGAGCUUUCUAGACAGCGCUGUGAAGCAAAGAUGGAGUCACUGUGGGACAUGGAGGAGGAAUGUAGAAAAAGGAAAGAUUCUGAGGAGAUGGAGAAAGGAAAAGUAUUGAAACAAGAGGAACUCAUCAAGGCACUGACUAAAAAGAUAUCAGAAUGCAAUUUAGAGAACGAGAAGUCUAAUCAGUUUCAUUCUGAGCUAGAAGGACGCAUCAAAAGCCUUGCUGAGCAGCUUCAGAACGCUCUUAAAAAUCAUCAAGAUGUCAAAGAGUAUCGGGCAAAGGUCAGUUCUCUGGAGGAGCAACUUGAGAUUUCUAAAACUAGAUGUAAAGAGUUAUGGGAGCAGCAUCACGAUAUGGAAAGUCAACUACUAACAACUAAGAUGGACAAAUCUGAUAUGGUUGUACAUGGACAUUCAUCUGAUACAUCAAAUUGUUCUGACAAAUUACCCCUGAGUGAUUUGGACUCACUGAUGAGCAGUAAUGCAAUGCAAGGGAUCCAUCAACAGUUUGACAAACACAUGAGCCUAGUUCAAGAUCUAGAGAAAGAACGGCAGAAAGCACAUCAACUACGAGAUGUUAGACUGGCUGGUAUAGAGGUGACUUGCAUGAAUGAACAGAGUGAGUUAUCCAAGGAGCGAGAUUCAUGUCAAGCCGCUAGAAAGCUUCAUGAAGAGGCUCAGUGUAAACUAGAUACUGACAGACGAACGCUGGAAGAACGAGUCCAGAAGAUGACAGAAUCGCUCCUGCAUCAGACUGAAGUUCGAGGCCGUUUGACCUCUGAUCUUACGCAGACUAAACAAGAUUCAGAAUCCACUAGGAGACAGCUAGUGGCUGCAACCACAGCCCUUGAGUAUGAGAGACAGGCAAGAGACGUGGUUCAGACAAAGUUUAACAAGUUGGAAGAGGAGAAAUCACAUCUUGAGCGUCAGGUGACGUCACUCCAACAGGACCAUCAACUGAGCAGUCAGAAGUCAGUUGAGGAACUAGCAAUAGCAACCUCGGAACUGAAACAAGCAACUGAGGAUUUGCACGCUUUGCAGAACAGGGCUACCAUUACCAUGGCAACCCAAGAGAUUGAGUCCUCUGCUAAGCUGAAGGAGGGUGCCAUGUUGGUACUGGAUUUGGAGCGAAGACUAGAUGCACGGACGACUGAGCGAAAGGAGAACAGUGACAGGAUCAAGGCCCUUGAGGCUCGACAACUUGAUUAUGAUCAGAAUUGUUUGGAUCUACAGACAACAAGAAGCCGCUGUGAGGAACUACAAUCACAAGUAAACAAACUGCAGAGUGAGCUUUCAGAGUCUCAGUCAUCCUUGGAAGAAAUGACUGCUCAGAAACAACAACUUGAAGAAGAACGGGAGACACUACAAGAUUAUCUCAAUACCGCCCUCUCUAGGCACUCCGUACUCAAGAAGAAAUUAAGAAAGCAAAAUGUAGCCUCAGACAGCGCCCUCAGGAGCCUGGAAGAGGAGAGGGAUGAACUGACCAAUCAGGUUACAGAGGGAUCAAAAAAUCUGACCAACCUCCAGCAGCAAUUAAAGUCUGCACAAGAAUGUAAAGUUCUACUCAGUGCAGACAAACAGAAACUGACUUCAGUCAUUAACGCAAUAAAGGACCAGAGGAAGCUGGACAAGGACAAGCUACAGAGGGCGCUGAUCAAAACCAACGAACUCAAGGAGCAACUGGCAGAGGAAAAAACAAUGGCAAGUGAUUAUCACGCCCAGUUAACCAAAUUGACAUCUAGAAUGGCUACUUCAGCUUCUGCAUUGAACGAGGAAAGGUCAAAGGCCACAUCCCUCUCUGCAGAAGUAUUUACCCUGAGAGACACUGCACGUGAGCAGAAGAAUCAAAUAGUGGAGCUGACUGGAGAGGUUCAAAAUCUACAGUUUGCAUUGCAGUCUGUAAAUCACAAACACGAACUUGAGUACAGCAAACUGGUUUCUUACUCAGAAAAGACGAUAUCCAAACAGGAACAAACAUGUGGCAGUCAAGAGGAAGAACUGCAGCAUGUCUGCAAAGAGAAUCAGAAAAUGGCUGCAGAAUUGAACUUACUAAAUGAAGCCUUGAACAGGAAGAGAUCAGACUACAGCCAGGCACUCUUUGAUCUCCAUAAAUCAGAAAUGAAGAUAAAGGAAAUGGUUGGGGUGAUACGCCAACUAGAGGGACAGCUUGAUAUUGAGAAGAAUGUACAAGAAGAGCUCAAUAAAAGCCAUGAUUACCGAGAAGCUGAGAUGCAGAAACUAAGGAAGAUGAAGAAGACUGCUCAAGACAAGAUGGAACAACUCCAAAACACCGUGAAAUGCAACACCAAGAUUGAAUUGCAACACAUUAAAGCGGAGCUAACCCGAGAGAUCUUCAGCAAGAUUGAAACCUCGACACCUACAAAACAAGACAGAGAUAACACUGACAAUACUUUCAAGCUGCAAGAACUGGAGGGCAAGAUAUCUAAGCUUGAAGGUCUUCGCUCCGUGGAUAAACUGACCAUAGCGUCACUUAAUGAAGAUGUACAGAAACUGCAGAAAUUACUUAUUAAGCAGAGAUCUACCACACUUAAACACAGACCACAUGGGAAGCCACGCAAAGAUGACAUCCAAGCAGCGCUUGCAAAAGCCCAUGUGAGGGCGCUUUCCAUGAGUAUGGCAGAAAACUAUCAUACGCAGUCACCGCUAUUUGAGAACUCUGAUCUCCUGUUUGCUGAUUCAAAGAGCGCAUCAUCAGCCAAGAAGAUGCCAAGCUACAGUGGCUGGGAUACAAACUUAUCGGAUUCUGGGACUACCUGUAGCAGUGAUGAGUUUUCAUCAUGAUAACUCAGCGGAUUAAGGCACAAUGACAGAGUGAUUCCCAC